AGGGAAGCCCAUGGCCCCCGGACCCCCGGACCCCCCCCGCGCCCGGCCCCGGCCCCGCAGCCCCUGACGGCCCCGGGACCCCCCCGGGCGGCGCCGGGGAGCCCCAGCAGGACGCCCCCGCGCCGCCGAGCCAUGCGGGAUCGCCCGGUGCUGUCGCCAGCAGAGCCAUGAGCAGCUGUCGCUACAAUGGGGGGGUGGCGCGGGCACGGGGACCCCCGAGCGCCGCCCGCACCCCGCAACCGCCGCACCGGGACCCGCAACCGCCGAACCGGGACCCGCAGCCGCCGAACCGGGACCCGCAGCCGCCGCUGCCCUGCCCCAGCCCCCGCCUGCAGGUCGUGGUGUCCCGGCCCGAGCAGACCGGAGCGGCGGAGCCCGGGCCCGGCGCGGCCCCGCCGGGGCCGGGGGCGGCGGAGGAGCGGCGGAACCAGAACAUCGGCUACAAGCUGGGCCACCGGCGAGCGCUCUUCGAGAAGCGCAAGCGGCUCAGCGACUACGCGCUCAUCUUCGGCAUGUUCGGCAUCGUGGUGAUGGUCACCGAGACCGAGCUCUCCUGGGGGGUCUACACCAAGGAGUCGUCGUAUUCGUUCGCCCUGAAAUGCCUUAUCAGCCUCUCGACGCUCAUCCUGCUGGGGCUCAUCGUCAUGUACCACGCCAGGGAGAUCCAGCUGUUCAUGGUGGACAACGGCGCCGACGACUGGCGCAUCGCCAUGACCUCGGAGCGCGUCUUCUUCAUCGCGCUGGAGCUGCUGGUGUGCGCCAUCCACCCCAUCCCCGGGCAGUACCUGUUCACCUGGACGGCCCGGCUGGCCUUCACCUACGCGGCUUCGGUGGCCCACGCCGACGUGGACAUCAUCCUGUCCAUCCCCAUGUUCCUGCGGCUCUACCUGAUCGGCCGCGUGAUGCUGCUGCACAGCAAGCUCUUCACCGACGCCUCGUCGCGCAGCAUCGGCGCGCUCAACAAGAUCAACUUCAACACGCGCUUCGUCAUGAAGACGCUCAUGACCAUCUGCCCCGGCACCGUGCUGCUGGUGUUCAGCAUCUCCUCCUGGAUCAUCGCCGCCUGGACCGUGCGCGUCUGCGAGAGGUACCACGACAAGCAGGAGGUGACCAGCAACUUCCUGGGGGCCAUGUGGCUGAUCUCCAUCACCUUCCUGUCCAUCGGCUACGGGGACAUGGUGCCACACACCUACUGCGGCAAGGGCGUGUGCCUGCUCACCGGCAUCAUGGGCGCGGGCUGCACGGCGCUGGUGGUGGCCGUGGUGGCCCGGAAGCUGGAGCUGACCAAAGCCGAGAAACACGUCCACAACUUCAUGAUGGACACGCAGCUCACCAAGCGGGUGAAGAACGCCGCUGCCAACGUGCUCAGGGAAACGUGGCUCAUCUACAAGCACACCAAGCUGGUGAAGAAGAUCGACCACGCCAAAGUUCGGACCCACCAGCGUAAGUUCCUCCAAGCCAUCCAUCAGCUGAGGAGUGUGAAGAUGGAGCAGCGCAAACUCAACGACCAGGCCAACACCCUGGUGGACCUGGCCAAGGCGCAGUCGGUGAUGCUGGAGCUGCUCUCGGAGCUGCAGGAGCGCCACGAGGAGCUGGGGCAGCGCCUGGGCGCGCUGGAGGCGCAGCUGGAGGCGCUGGGGGGGCUCCUGCAGGCGCUGCCCGCGCUGCUGGCCCGGGCCCUGGGGACAGGGACAGCGCCGGGGACACCCCCGGGGACAGCCACGGGGACAGCCACGGGGACAGCCACGGGGACAGCCACGGCCCCCGGGACAGCCACGGCACCGGGGACACCGCGGGACAGCGGCGACACCGCGCCCUGCAGCCCCCGCCGCCACGGCACCGGCAGCGACAGCGGCUGAGGGACAGCGGCGGGACACCCGUGUCACCCGUGUCACCCGUGUCACCUGUGUGUCACCUCGGAGUGAUGGGGACAGCGGCUGAGGGACAGCGGCGGGACACCCGUAUCACCCGUGGCACCUGUGUCACCUGUGUGUCACCUGUGUGUCACCUCGGAGUGAUGGGGACAGUGGCUGAGGGACAGCGGUGGGACACCGUGUGUCACCUGUGUCACCUCAGAGUGAUGGAGAGGGCGGCUGAGAGACAGUGGUGGGACACCCGUGUCACCUGUGUCACCUGUGUCACCUGUGUGUCACCUUGGAGUGAUGGGGACAGCGGCUGAGGGACAGCGGCGGGACACCGUGUGUCACCUGUGUGUCACCUGUGUGUCACCUGUGUCACCUCGGAGUGAUGGGGACAGCGGCUGAGGGACAGCACCGUGUCACCCGUGUCACUGUGUGUCACCCGUGUCACUGUGUGUCACCCAUGUCACCUCGGACAGCAGCUGAGGGACAGCACCGUGUCACCCGUGUCACCGUGUG